AUGGAUAAAAGCGAAUCGCCGACCAAGGUCGUGUUGCAAAGCAUCGUAAUAGAAGGGAAUAGAUUAGAACAGGGGCGGCCUUUGGGGAUGGCGAGCAGGGCAACCUCCCGGGGCCUCACUCUUGCAGGGACCACGCGCACCCGCGUAACAACCCAAGUAGAAAAAUAUGAGCAUUGGCGACUAGUGACUGCUGUACUGCUUGUCAAGGUGUACGUAUUCAAGCAUUGUUCUGUUACAGGGGUCACCAUCUUGCUAUCGUUGACUGUGUUCCUGAACCUUGUGGCUGAAACCUUGCCCCAAGUAUCCGACGCCAUUCCUUUGUUAGGAACAUACUUCAACUGCAUAAUGUUCAUGGUUGCAUCUUCGGUGGUACUGACAGUAGUAGUUCUCAAUUACCACCAUAGAAGUGCCGACAUCCAUGAAAUGCCGCAAUGGGUCAAAACGGUCUUUUUGCAAUGGUUGCCAUGGAUGUUGGGAAUGAGUCGGCCAGGUAAAAAGAUUACCCGGAAAACACUAAUGAUGAACAGUCGGAUGAAAGAAUUAGAAUUGAAAGAGCGUUCAUCGAAGAGUCUCUUGGCCAACGUACUAGAUAUUGAUGACGACUUUAGGAGCGUAACAGGCGGUGCGUCUGGAUUAUCUGGUAGAGAUGGUAAUACUUCGACGGUGACGACAAGCUUGGGGCCCAGUUUUAUUCGUCACGCAACCACUAUCGAAGAUUCAGCAAUUCCUACCAGUGGCCAACAAAGAGAAUUACAUUUUAUAUUGAAGGAACUGCAGUUCAUUACAACCCGAAUGAAGAAAGCUGACGAAGAGGCAGAAGUCAUUAGUGAUUGGAAAUUUGCUGCAAUGGUGGUUGAUAGAGUUUGUCUCAUAAUAUUCACCCUGUUUACCAUAAUCGCAACAGUUGCAGUAUUGUUAUCGGCUCCGCAUAUUAUUGUCCAGUAAAAGGGCAUUAUAAUGGAGAAAUUGUAAACGUUCGCGCAAUUAUAUGAUUCUUCUAUAUCGCAUUUUAUAAUAAUCGGUAGUUAAAUAUAUAUAUGUACGUGUGGAUACAUAUGUAUGUUUGAACGUUCACUAUUAUUUGAAACAGCAUAGUGUUGGCACACAUUUAAUGUGCCUUCGAGGAAACACUAUCGAAACGUAGCAACAUUAAAGG